CCCCCCCCCCCCCCUCGGAAAAAUCCUAGAUCCGCCCCUGCACAAGGAGAUCAGAUUUCUUUUGUUUGUUUGUUUCAGAGCAUUGAGAAAGGUUCCUGCUUUCGCAGGCGGUGUGCUACUUAUUUCCGCAGUCAAGGCUAGACCCCCUUGUAAAGUUUCGCGGCCCAAUCGCUGCUUAUUUGCAUACUUUUGACGUAGCCUUCUCUCCUGCAUGUAUUGAUUGGGGGUUCCCCUGCGAAGGAAAAUGAUUGCGGUGUGAUGAGCAAUGGCGGUACGCGUCACCCGGUGCAACAACUUUUUGCGUCACCCCAGCCCAAUAUUUCCGAAAUUUAUAGUUCUUUUCUUUUAUUUUUUCUGCGUAGUCUUCCAAGUCUGCACGCCUAAAAAUAUUUUUAACUGUUCUAUGCCCCCUAGACAACAGCGCUAAACAGUGUAAAUGGCUCUGAAAAAAAUGCACAGUUCCGUGAAAAAUUACAAAAGCUCUCGAAUUUUUACAGUUUUCUCAGGACAUCAAAUCUCGAUAAAAAGUGUCGGUCAACCUUCAACGGGCAUUCGCACGAAAGUGUUAUUCUUUGCCUUCACUCAGAAGAGGUUUGGUUGGAAUUUGCGAAAAAGCUAUUUUUCGUUAGAUUCCUUUUUCUUUUUUUUCUUUCUUUCUUUGCACCAGGUAGGUCACACGUUACAUCGCGCAAUGUUCAAGAGGCGCCCACGAAGCGAAAAAAAGAAAAAAGGCGUAUAAAAUAAGCCGGGAAGGCUUUGGCUGCAUAGGAACAAUGAACCACAAUUUACAGUAUCUGAAAGAAAUCAGGGAUGGUCAAGCGCAUGCAGUGUCUGGUACGUUUGGCAUGGAAUGACCCAGAUUACAGCAUGGUAAAGCUACGCUAAAAGUGUAACCUUACAGUGUGUGUAACAGUGCGCGCAAACCCCUGAGUCCUACAAAGAUUAAAGCACUGUGUGCGCACUAAGCUUGGUAGUAUGCAAAAUAGAACAGCGUGUUGUUCUCUGCUCUAGCAACAUUUAUAUGCUAGCAACACACCUAAAAUAAACAAUUAUUGCAUGCAGGUUGCAUAUCAAAGCCACUUGAUCAAAGCAGACGACGCUACGGCGCCGUACAGGUAUAAGGCCUAAACUUUUGAAAGACCGUAAACGUCACUCACCCACAAAUUCUCUCCCAUGUGUCCUCCAGUACUUUCUGGCUUUUUCUGUCACUGUCAGAAGACUCGCAACUUUACCACUAUCCAACUUCUCUUCCAUUAACGCUACAAUUUCAUCAUAUAUAUCUUCAGCGAUGGGAGGUUUGCAACGAUCACGCAACCUCGCAACCCUCUGUGUCACGAUCGCGUCCACCAUUUGUGCCAUUUGACGAUAGUUUUUCUGCUGACUGGGAGUGCGAAGACUAUAACUAGACAUCAGAUUUACCAAAUAAUUUGCACCCAACGUGUUACCAGCUCAUGUGUUGCAUCGUCGGCCAGCGGGCAGCUUUAGGACAAAACCAAAAUGGCGGCGCCUGCGCUGUAGUUCUUUCGUCUGCUACCAGGGACAAGAAAAGCCCUUCGCAGGAUGAAGCCAAGAAAGUGGCGCAUUUUGCUUGUUGGAGAAGGCAAUUUCUCGUUUACAGUAGCCUUAUUGGGAAAACUCGAACAUACGGAAAUCAUAGCAACCUGCUCGCAGGAACAGAACCCAUACAGUACAGAGCAACAGAAAUACAUGUCGCAGGCAGAUGCAAUGGGAGCGCGUGUACUGACGAAUGUGGACGCACGUUGUCUACAUUUACAUCCGAACAUAUAUACCGACAAGUUUGAUUGUAUCAUCUUCAAUUUUCCCCACGUCGGAGGAAAGAUGAAAAUCUGUAGAAACAGAAAACUUGUGAAAGAUUUCUUCACCAGUGCCAGCCAACUGUUGGCACCUAAGGGAGAGAUCUGGAUGACACUGUGCAAGGGCCAGGGAGGAACACCCGCUGACAGUCUGCACAGGCGAAAGGACGACACUUGGAAGGUGGUGGAAAUGGCUGCUUACGGCGGACUGGUGCUCACUGCUGUUCGGUCCUUCAAGGCCGCAGAGUAUGCUGGUUAUAAUCCAAUUGGGUACAGAAGUGGAGCAAAGCCAUUUAGCAUUGAAGGUGCAUUGACACACAUAUUUGAAUGGCGUGGAUUCCCUAUUGUCCAUGAUCUUGGCCAUCAACACGACUACAUGGUAGAAUGUAUCAGGGCUGCAUUUUCGAAGGAUUCUCAUCCACUCCAUAUGGUUGGCCGCCAAAUUGAAGAUUUGAUCAACGAUGAGCAAGAUUCUAUCUCCAUUAUCAGUGGAAGAGACUGGGGGAUCAGUGAGGUGUUCCACUGCAAAGCAAACAUCAAGUGUCGUUGCAUGUUUGUUCUAAGGAAAUCGACGUCACCUCUAGAUCCACCCUUUAACCACGUGGUCGAACUUAGAGAAUUAAAUGAUGCCAAGGACUUUCUCAGCAAAGCAUUGAACUUUGCAACUGUUCUGACAGACAAGUGUUGUCAAGCCAUGUGUGAGUGUAAAGACAUGGACUCCACAGUACACCUUUUGUGCGGCAAUCUAUGUGUUGGAACUAUCACCAUAGUUGAUGCCUGUCAGGUGUUGUCCAUAAAACUUGAACAAACAGCCAUGGCACAGUUGAACAUGGUUGACUGGCACCAAUUGCUGCCCUUAGACUGUGAAGAGAGCCUCUACCCUGAAGAACACUGGAUGGACUCCAGCUUCUGGAUACCAGAGGAAUUUAGUGAAACUAGAUUUUUAAAAGUUGCACGGCUAGCUGCUGGGGACUCCUUACACACCCUUUUCCUCUUAGACAGGUACAAAGAUGCGAAAAGUGGACGUACCAGCAUGUGCUACAGGUUUUGUUACAGGUCAUUAAAUCGUGCACUCACCAGAGAGGCGGCAAAGUGUGUGCAUGAGGUCGUCCGUACAGCUGCAGAACAACAGCUUGGAGUUGAACUAAGGUGACAGCGUGUUCUGUAGUGCCUACUUUAUCUACACAGUGUGGUCUCAUAUGUCAGGAAGCAAGCUUGGGCGAAUCUAGUAGCAGAUGAUGAUCAUUACUCUUGAUGGACAACGCUACCCAGAACGACAGGGCAUACAGGGUGUCCACCGUAACUAUAGAAGUAAUUUUUAAAAAUAGAAAAAUCACCUUUUCCCAGUUUUAACCAAUGGCGAUGUACUCUAUGCCUAAAUGCCCACCCUAACAGGGCACAGGCAAGCUUCUGUGUCGAUGCAUUAAUUAACCUUUUUAAUUAUCAGUGAUAGAAGAUUGACCCAAUGAGAACAUCGAAUCCCUUGGAGUCACUGGUAACAUUACCGUUUUCAGAACAAAAAUCGAGAGAGUUAUAGCGAGAGGAAAGGGCCUGGAAAUAAGGCGAUCUGGUGGUCGUUUUUCGAUGCUCAAGUAGAAGCGCUCCCGUUUUCCUUUCCUCAGUAUGCGGGGGAAGGAAAACACUGUCGCAGGGGAGACAGAUUGGUGCAACAGCCAUUUCCCACCCCCGCAUACACAGGAAAUGAAAACGGGAGCGCUUCUACUUGAGCGUCGAAAAAUGACCACCAGAGCACCUUAUUUCCAGGCCCUUUCCUCGCGCCAGUUACCAGUGACCCCAAGGGAUCCGAUGUUCUCAUUAGGUCAAUCUUCUAUCGUUGAUAAUUAAUGCAUCGUUACAGAAGCUUGCCUGGGCCUUUAGGCGUAGAGUACAUUGCC